AUGCAUAACAAAAAGAAGGAAGAGGAGGAGUAUCAGAAGAAACGCAAGCAGAAGAAGCAGGAGCAGAAGAACGAGAGGAAGGACGCCCAAGCAGAAGCAGCAUCCCAGCAUCUCCCCAUCUUCAGCAUCACCCAUCUCCAGCAUCCAAGCAUCUCGCGGCAGCAUCCCAGCAUCCCUCCAUCUCCUGCAUCCCAGCAUCUAGCAUCUCGCGCCAGCAUCCCUCCAUCUCCAGCACCCAGCAUCUCGCGCCAGCAUCCCUCCAUCUCCUGCAUCCCAGCAUCCAGCAUCUCGCGCCAGCAUCCCUCCAUCUUCGGCACCCAGCAUCUCGCGCCAGCAUCCCUCCAUCUCCGGCACCCAGCAUCCCAGCAUCCCUCCAUCUCCAGCACCCAGCAUUCACGGCAGCUUCCCAGCAUCCCUCCAUCUCCAGCACCCAGCAUCUCGCGCCAGCAUACCUCCAUCUCCGGCACCCAGCAUCCCAGCAUCCCUCCAUCUCCAGCACCCAGCAUCUCGCGCCAGCAUCCCAGCAUCCCUCCAUCUCCAGCAUCCCAGCACCCAGCAUCUCGCGCCGGCAUCCCAGCAUCUGCCAAGGCUCCAAGGUUGGCCAGGCGAAAAGGUUAG